AUGCCUUCUCAACCCCCACUACCGCCCCUCCUUGCACCAUAUGUAUCAACACUGCCCGAAUCAUCCUUGACACUAGCCUCUUCUAUCCUCGGUGCAACCUCAAAUUGGCUGGUGCUGAGGUUCCUGCAUGCUGCGCUAAGCUCGCCAAACCCCAAUGCGGCAUUCGGCGCAGAUGAGCUGCAAACUGGGAUCAAGAAGAAAGUGGUGUUAGUGAGCUUUUUGCGGAGUUAUGAUUUCUGGAAGACGGAGGCAAAGCGAUUGGGCCUUGAUCUUGCACGUCUGGUAGACAAGCAACAAUUUGCAUUCAUAGAUGGUCUAUCUGAGCUAUUCUACGCACCAGACGCAGCCACAUCUAAUACCUCCCCGGCUGGUCUUGGGAGCAGUCCACGCACAGUUCUUCCACUUCGCUCUCCACCCGCAGCCGUGCCCGGAAAGACACUACCACCAACAGCGGCGCCACCAAGAGGGAAUGCAAAUGUGACACGAGCCCAGGCAGAGCCGGGCAUCGCCAAAAAACUCCAUUUCACUGGUCGUGGCCUCGCAGCCCUCGAUCUAAUGGAAAAGGAUAUCAUUGCAGUUAUUGAACAUCAAAAGUCGUCAAUGGAGGAUGGUGAUGAGCUAGUUCUCAUUCUAGACCAGCCUGACCUAUUGCUUGCUGCAACGGGACCAAGUUUGGGUAUUGGAGCAACAGAGAUGGCAGAGUUGGUCACAGGGCUACAGCAGCAUGCAUACGCUACAGUUCUAACGCUGGCUACGGAUGCCCCGCUGAUACACAAUGCAUCUGUAUCAGCAGUGCAGUUGGCUACGCCAAUUGAGAUGGAACAUGCGGCGUUCGCUAUUGGGCUGGCGCAUCGGGCUAGGUCGGUGAUGCAACUCCGCACUCUGGAGACCGGGGCCGCGAAAGAUGUGAGUGGGGUGCUCAGGAUCAGUCGAGGUGGCGGAUGGAGCGCCGGUGAAGAAGAUAGUCUGGAGGAGAAGGAAGUCCUCUACUUCAUUCAAAGGGAUGGCGGCGUCAGCGUAUUUGGCCGUGGGGAAUCAUGA